CCUGUUGCUGCUAGCAUGGCCUCUCCAGGGGCCCCGCCGCCCCUCGCGGAGUUACCGGAGCAGAACUGUGGGUACAGUGAGGUCCAGUACUGGGACCAGCGCUACCAAAGCGCAGCCGACUCUGCCCCGUACGAGUGGUUCGGGGACUUCUCCUCCUUCCGUUACCUCCUGGAGCCAGAGCUGCGGCCCGAGGACCGGAUCCUCGUGCUAGGCUGUGGGAACAGUGCCUUGAGCUACGAGCUGUUCCUCAGGGGCUUCCCUGAUGUGACCAGUGUGGACUACUCAUCAGUAGUGGUGGCUGCCAUGAGGGCUCGCUAUGCCCAUGUGCCCACGCUGCGCUGGGAGACCAUGGAUGUACGUGCACUGGGCUUCCCAAGUGGCUCCUUUGAUGUGGUGCUCGAGAAAGGCAUGCUGGAUGCCUUGCUGGCUGGAGAACGGGAUCCCUGGACUGUGUCCUCUGAAGGUGUCCACACUGUGGACCAGGUACUGAAUGAGAUGGUGGAGUACAAACGGGCCACGCUUCGUGAUGAAGAUGCUCCCGAGACCCCCGUAGAAAGUAGGGCCUCCCUGGACGCCGAGGAGGUGGGAUUCCAGAAGAGGACUAGAUGCCUCUUAGGCUCACACACGCAGCUGGAGCUAGUCUUGGCAGGUGUCUCUCUACUACUGGCUGUACUGCUUCUGGGCUGCCUUGUGGCCCUGGGAGUUCAGUACCACAGAGACCCAUCCCACAGCACCUGCCUCACAGAGGCCUGCAUUCGAGUGACUGGAAAAAUCCUGGAGUCCCUGGACCGUGGGGUGAGUCCCUGUGAGGACUUUUACCAGUUCUCCUGCGGAGGCUGGAUUCGGAGGAACCCCCUGCCUGAUGGGCGUUCUCGCUGGAACACCUUCAACAGCCUCUGGGACCAGAACCAGGCUAUCCUGAAGCACCUUCUUGAAAACACUACCUUCAAUUCCAGCAGUGAAGCUGAGCGGAAGACGCAGCGCUUCUACCUGUCUUGCCUGCGUGUGGAGCGCAUUGAGGAGCUGGGAGCCCAGCCGCUGCGAGACCUUAUUGACAAGAUUGGUGGUUGGAACAUUACGGGGCCCUGGGACCAGGACAACUUUAUGGAGGUGCUGAAGGCAGUGGCUGGCACCUACAGGGCCACCCCCUUCUUUACCGUCUACAUCAGUGCAGACUCGAAGAGCUCUAACAGCAAUGUUAUCCAGGUGGAUCAGUCUGGGCUCUUUCUGCCCUCUCGAGAUUACUACCUAAACAAGACUGCCAAUGAGAAAGUGCUCACUGCCUACCUGGACUACAUGGAGAAGCUGGGGAUGCUGCUGGGUGGACGGCCAGUCUCCACACGGAAGCAGAUGCAGCAGGUGCUGGAGCUGGAGGUACAGCUGGCCAACAUCACUGUGCCCCAGGACCAGCGCCGUGAUGAGGAGAAGAUCUAUCACAAGAUGAACAUCGCUGAGCUGCAGGCCCUGGCACCAUCCAUCGACUGGCUUGAAUUCCUGUCUUUCUUGCUGUCACCACUGGAGCUGAGUGACUCUGAGCCUGUGGUGGUGUAUGGGACAGAUUAUUUGCAGCAGGUGUCAGAGCUCAUCAACCACACGGAGCCAAGUGUCCUGAACAAUUAUCUGAUCUGGAACCUGGUGCAGAAGACAACCUUGAGCCUGGACGGGCGCUUUGAGUCUGCACAAGAGAAGCUGCUGGAGACCCUCUAUGGCACCAAGAAGUCCUGCGUGCCGAGGUGGCAGACCUGUAUCUCCAAUACGGAUGAUGCCCUUGGCUUUGCUUUGGGGUCCCUCUUCGUGAAGGCCACGUUUGACCGCCAAAGCAAGGAAAUUGCAGAAGGGAUGAUCAGCGAGAUCCGGACAGCCUUUGAGGAGGCCCUGGAACAGCUGGUCUGGAUGGAUGAGCAGACCCGUCUGGCAGCCAAGGAGAAAGCAGACGCCAUCUACGACAUGAUUGGUUUCCCGGACUUCAUCCUGGAACCCAAAGAGCUGGACGAUGUUUAUGAUGGGUAUGAAGUCUCUGAAGAUUCCUUUUUCCAGAACAUGUUGAAUUUGUACAACUUUUCUGCUAAGGUGAUGGCCGACCAGCUCCGCAAGCCUCCCAGCCGGGACCAGUGGAGCAUGACCCCCCAGACAGUGAAUGCCUACUACCUUCCAACCAAGAAUGAGAUUGUCUUCCCCGCUGGCAUACUGCAGGUCCCCUUCUAUGCCCGCAACCACCCCAAGGCCCUGAACUUUGGUGGCAUCGGUGUGGUGAUGGGCCAUGAGUUGACACAUGCUUUUGAUGACCAAGGGCGUGAAUAUGACAAGGAAGGGAACCUGCGACCCUGGUGGCAGAAUGAAUCCCUGGCGGCUUUCCGGAACCACACGGCCUGCAUGGAGGAGCAGUACAGCCAAUACCAGGUCAAUGGGGAGAGGCUCAAUGGCCGCCAGACGCUGGGGGAGAACAUUGCUGACAACGGGGGACUUAAAGCUGCCUACAACGCUUACAAAGCAUGGCUGAGGAAGCACGGGGAGGAGCAGCAGCUGCCAGCCGUGGGGCUCACCAACCACCAGCUCUUCUUUGUGGGAUUUGCCCAGGUGUGGUGCUCGGUCCGCACACCAGAGAGCUCUCACGAGGGGCUGGUGACCGACCCCCACAGCCCUGCCCGCUUCCGUGUGCUGGGCACCCUCUCCAACUCCCGUGACUUCCUGCGGCACUUCGGCUGCCCUGUCGGCUCCCCCAUGAACCCAGGGCAGCUGUGUGAGGUGUGGUAGACCUGGGUGGGGGGAGAAAUGUCCACCCAACACGGUGGCCUGGAGCCACCUGGUGAGGCGCCUGAGGAGGCUAUUGACUCCAGGGUUAGGGGAAGGCAGAUGUAAGCCGAGCUGUGCCCAGCCCCUCCACACUCCAGGUGACAUGAGUCCCAGCCCCUCCUCAACCACCACACCGUGCCUCUGUUUUGGGGGUGCCCCUGCCUCCAGCAGAGCCCCCACCAUUCACUGUGACAUCUUAACGUGUCACCCUACCUGGGUGUUGACAUGAAGGAGGCCUGGGACAGGGUGGGGGGGUAGGGGAGGUGAGCACCCACCAGCUCCCAUAGUAAGGAGUCUGCCUCUUCUGGCCCCAAGCUCACUUGCUUUGGUGGCCAUUGGCCUGCUGUGCCUGCCCUACUCUGAACACACAGGACCCAGUGGUGUGCCUCCCAGGCUUCUCCCCAAAGGCUCUCUCAGUGCUCACUUGGGAAUGGACUCUCCUCCCUUUAGCCCCACCCUUACAGGCUGCUCCCCUCCCCCUUGCUUCUCAUGCUGCUCUCAGUACCGCUGCCACCCCUUACUGCUGGGCCAGCUGUGCUUGGCUUUCAGUGGAAGCCUGAGGGCCUUUUAAGCCUUCUUUCUGCCUCCCUGUGUCCUUGGACUGAGAGGGGAAGUGUGUACAUGCAGGGGGUACUGGUACCAGUGUCUUAGGGAGUCACUGAAUCUCCCUGGACUGAGGAAGAAAGUGGAUAGAGCAGGGAGAGGGAAGGACAGAGUUUAUUUUUACAGGAAAGAGGGUGGGGAGGGAGUGGUCUUGGCCCUGUGGGACCCUCUGUCAAUAAACAGACACACAUUA